GCAGGGACUGAGCUGCUGGAGAAUGGCCAAGGACUUCCGCUACUACUUUCAGCAUCCGUGGUCCCGUUUAAUCGUGGCCUACCUGGUGAUCUUUUUUAACUUCUUAAUAUUUGCUGAGGAUCCAGUCUCUCAUAGCAGAACAGAAGCCAAUGUCAUCGUUGUUGGCAACUGCUUCUCAUUUGUGACAAAUAAAUACCCAGAGGGAGGAGGCUGGAGAUUUUUAAAAGUCUUCCUGUGGCUACUGGCGAUCCUCACAGGAAUGAUAGCUGGCAAGUUCCUCUUCCAUCGGCGUCUGUUUGGUCAGUUGCUUCGACUGAAAAUGUUUCGAGAGGAUCACGGGUCAUGGAUGACAAUGUUCUUCAGCACCAUCCUCUUCCUCUUCAUUUUUUCCCACAUCUACAAUCUCUGUCUUCUCAUGGCGGGCAACAUGAGGGCACACAUUAUAACAGACUUCAUGGGCAUCAGAAAUGAAAGUUUUAUGAAGGUAGCAGCAGUGGGGACCUGGAUGGGAGACUUUGUCACAGCUUGGAUGGUUACAGAUAUGAUGCUUCAAGACAAGCCUUAUCCUGACUGGGGAAAGUCUGCCAGAGCUUUCUGGAAAAGGGGGAACAUCAGGAUUGUUUUAUUCUGGACUGUUCUGUUUACUUUGACCUCAGUGGUUGUACUUGUCAUCACAACUGACUGGAUCAACUGGGACAAGCUCAAUCGUGGAUUCCUGCCAAGCGAUGAAGUUUCCAGGGCCUUUUUGGCUUCCUUCAUCUUAGUCUUUGACCUUCUUAUUGUCAUGCAGGAUUGGGAGUUUCCACAUUUUAUGGGUGAUGUUGAUGUAAAUCUUCCUGGCUUGCCAGCUGCACAUUUUCAGUUUAGAUUGCCAUAUUUCAAAAAGAUCUUUAAGGAGGAGUAUCACAUACAUAUAACAGGUAAAUGGUUCAACUAUGGAAUCAUAUGUCUUGUUUUAAUCUUGGAUCUUAACAUGUGGAAGAAUCAAAUAUUUUAUAAGCCACAUGAAUAUGGUCAGUAUAUUGGUCCUGGGGAAAAGAUCUACACCGUGGAAGACCCAGGAAGCUUAAAAGACCUCAACAGAACCAAACUGUCUUGGGAAUGGCGCUCAAACAGCACUAAUCCAUUGACCAACAGAACUUACGUUGAAGGAGAUAUGUUUCUGCAUAGCCGAUACAUUGGGGCAAGCCUAGAUGUCAAAUGCCUGGCCUUCAUUCCAAGUUUACUGGCUUUUGCGUUGUUUGGUUUCUUCAUUUGGUUCUUUGGACGGUUUCAGAAAACCGAUCAAGGCAUGGAGAACCUUAACAAAUCAUACACACGCAUGAAAAGGAAAUCACCAUCUGAUGUGGGAAUGACCCGUGAGAACACCCAAGUCUUAACAGAGGAGCCUUUAAGUUUUGAUGAUCCACAUUUGAUAUCUAUCAAGUCAGAUUUGAGUGAGAUUGUCUUUAAUUCUUCCCUGCUGACAUCUGAAAACCUGAAUUUGCACUUAACUGAGCAACCAAGUCCACUGCAACCAAUAAGAGAGCCCUCUGUACCUAAGGAUCAUCCUUUAACCUAAUAUGGCUCUCUGGGAAAAAAAAUGAAGCAACAAACAAUUAUUGUGUGAUUUCUUUGUUACUUGUUUUGUAAGUGACUGUUUACAUAGUCUUUAGAACAAGAGAUACAACUUAUACCACAAAGGUGCUCAACAUGCUUUCCCCUCUAUGACUUUGUUUUCUAUUCGUAUUAUAAUGAAUUGUGCCUACUGUAUUAUAUCAAACAUUCCUUUAUAGAUUGCUUCUGGGGGAAAAUUGCAAGAGUGUGCUAUAUGACUACUUGCAGGUAUAAAAUUCUACUUUGGUGGUGCCUUGAAAUAUUAAACCGUCUUUCUAAUAUAAUGGUGUGGAUCCCAUCUAGUGCAAGCAGAGCGUGCAAGAUAAGGGGAACUUUCCUGUCUCCCCUUUCCUGUUGUGUUCUCUCCCGUAUCUCCCCCACCCCUGGUCAGGUUCAGUGGUCUUCAAAAUAAGUGUGGGGCAAAACAGGAGGGAGGAAUUGUUGAAAGCUGCCCUCUGCUCUGCCGCUGGUGGAAGUGCCUUCUGCCGGCAGGAAGGGAGAUUAGGAUCCAAGCCUUAGAAAAGUGGUGAAGCUGUCCUUUUCAACUGUUUUGCAAGAGCAAUGUUCUUUGAAAUAGAAUGAUUUUGAGAUUGGGAGAGUUAAUGUAUGGCCCCUAGGCUAUGCUGGGUUACCCUUAGAUUCACUAAAGAUCUACUUCCUACACUGGUCCUAGAGCCUGGCAUACAGACAGUUUUUUGGCAGAAGGUAGACUUUCGCUUGCAGAAGACCUUGCAAGAUGCGGUGCAACUUGCAGCAGACUGCCAACCUUAUAUUUACAGUAGCAUCCUAAGCAAAGUUAACACUUUUUAAAUCCACUGAAGUCAGUGGGUUUAGAAGGGUACAACUCCAUUUAGGGUGGCACUGCUAGACCCUUCCUGGAUAUAUGUGUCAUCCACAGAAGAAUGAUGUCAGUUUUGUGUGCCUGGGAGUGUGUGUGUGGGGGGGGGAAUUUCUGAUAAGGAACGGCAGUGAAAGUCUGACUUUAGUCCACUGACCUGUAGUCUGUGACUUUAAUGGCUGGACUUCAAAGAAGCAUGUUGAUUACCUUUUUAAUUUUGCUGGCUGUCUGCCAGACACAUGCACCACAGAUUCAUAGCACCGUAAGCUGAGAACGAUAAUGCGGCAUGGUUCACUACUUAACAACAUGUGACUUUCUCCACCAGAUAAUUGCAAUUAGGUGAUAAUACCUAAUUAUGUUUUUCAUAAUUAGAGAUAAAUUGCCACUUAAUUAAAAAUCUCACCCUUCACCUUCUUAGGAUCAAAAAGUUAAAAUGCAGAAUUUGAAGGAAGAAAGAGUUGGACUAUCAGCUGAAACCUAUGCAAUGCCAAAGAACAAUAUUGGGAAUGUACUUGAGGAUAAUAUUAUGAGUACAUCAUCUGCAGAGUUUGUGAACUUUUUUUUUGUAAAUAUGGAUAAAGGUAUAUCCAAACAGAAACGUGUGCAAUGCUACCGAGGAAAUGGACUCUGGCCAUAGGUUCUGAGGUGAGAGUGAAUGCAUGAACUAGACUAAUGAGUUCUGUGUUGUUUUGUUACUUUGAAGAAUUGAACACUA